AUGAGCGCGUACCCACCACCACCACGGACCCAGGCCGCGAGCGCCUACAGCACCCGGGCGCUCCCCUCCCCCGUGCGGGACUUCAGGCGCGAGCGAUGGCCGCAGCAGCCGCCCCCGGCCGAGGCCGUGCUGGCCUCCGAACUCUACUCCCUCUACCGCUCGACGACCUCCACCACCACCUCCGCCUCGACCAGCGCCGCUGGCAGGUCUCGCCCGGCGCCGCCACCAGCCAGCGGCACGGCGGUCGACCCCGAGGUGGUGGUGGUGACGCGGAGCCAUCGCCGCCGUGGAUCGUUGGUGCGUGGGGCGGGCACGGAUCUGCCCGUCACCGGUUCCGGGCUCGCUGUAACGCCGCCUCCGCCGCUGGCGAUCUCCGCCGCCACUGCCACCGGCGGCGCCACUGGAGACGAGCAUCACCUGCCCGACGAGGGCGAUGACGGCCAACAGCCGCAGCCGCCGACGUCGGCCGAGUGGAACCGGACGCUGGCCCGGCAGCUCUCGUGCCUGCUCGAGCGGUCGCCUCCGGGCGGCCCGGAUCUCGCGACCACGGCCUCGUCGACCUCGGCCUGCGCGUCGUCGUCGUCGCCUUCGUUCUCCUCGUUCCUCCUCCUCUCCCCGCCGGGCUCCACCUCGUCGUCCUUCUCCUCGCGCACGGCCCACAACUCCUUCUCCCUCCUUCCCUCGAGCUCGGCCUCGGCUUCGUUCUCCUCGUUCUCCUUCCCACCGCCUUCCUCCUCGGCCACCUCCUCGUCAUCUUCGUCGUCGUCGUCGUCGUCGUCGUCCACGUCAACCUCGUCUUCGUUCUCCUUCACGUCGGCCUCCUUCUCCUUCCCGUCUUCUUCUUCGCUAUCGUCGACGUCGUCAUCUUCAUCAUCGAACAGCAACAUCACCCUCGUGCCCUCGCCCUCGCCCUCCCUCUCCAGCGACAGCCUCUCGUCCGUCGCGCCUUCGCCCUCGCUUCCGUCGUCGUCGUCGUCGUCGACAUCAGCUGCGUCGACAGAGGCCUCCGAGUCCGCGGCGGCGUCGGCGGCGGCCGGCGGUGGCGGCCAGCUGUCGGCGUCGGAGCAGGCGGACAUCCGGGCGCUCUAUCGGGACCUGGUGCGGCGGGAGCAGGAGCGGCAGGACCAGCGCAAGGAGCGCAAGCGCAAGUGGGUCUGGGAGGACGAGCGCCUCCACCGCAAGCGACUCGCCCAGUCCGUCGGCACAGCCGCCGCCUCGCCUCACCAUCAUCCACAGCAGCCGCCGCCAAUCGCAGAGACAGCCGCCGACGCCAAUCACGACACGACGGAAGAGGACCAGGACAGCGCCGGACCUCCGACGAUCGCGUCGGAGUUGACGGCGGCCGCGGCCGCGGCGGCAGCGUCGGGGUCGGUGAUGGCCGACAUCGGGGCCGGGCUGCAGUUCAUGCGGGAGAAGAAGUUGCCCGCUAUCGGGGGCGGCACCACCACUCAGCCGCCCAACGAGGAAGAUGACGCAAAGAGCGAAGACGACGAGGGGCACACUGUGAGAGAGAAAGCGAAAGGGAACGCGAAAGCGAAAGCCAGUCCACCACUCCAGAGCCAGCCAACAGCUGAGGCGCGCCGGCGAGAGAGCGACGAAGGCGAAGAGCGGCGCAAGCGGCAGAGCCGCCAGGAGCAGCUCGCGCACUAUCAGGCCACCGUGGGCGAGGUUAAGUCGUCAGGCCUUGGCUCCGAUGCCUGGCUCAGUCGAGGCGGCCCGCACUCGCCCUUGCCGAAGCCACGCCUCGACGGCCUCUACUACGAUCAAUCGCCCCUGCUUCCUUUGCUGCCGCCUCUGCCGACCGACCGCCGCUACGACCACCACCAGCCUUCUCCCGCGCUGCACUACAGCGGUGGCGUCCGAGACAGCCUGCGAUCGCCCGACCUGUGGCCGCCUCCCGUGCCCUCGUCGCCCUCAUCGCCGCAUCCGUCGUCGUCUUCAUCUUCGUCUUCGUUCAUGUCGUGGUACAGCCGCCACUACGCGCCCUCCUCUCUGUCGUCAUCGGCAUCGACCUCCGCGCCGCCGCCGCUGCCUCGGCUUUCCCAGCUCCCCUCUCCGCCUCCAGCCCUGCCUCCGCGGCCGGCCAUGGAAUGGGGCGCCGAAGUCAUCGGCGGCGCCCCGCCACAGCCGCUGCCGCCGUUCGCCCCCUACCACGACCAGCUCCAGCUCCAGCCCGCCCCGGCCUGGCCAGCCGACUUCUCACUCCCCGGUGCUCCUCUUCCUCCGGCCGCCGCGACGCUGCCGCCUCCGCAGCCGUGGAACGCGCCCUGGGACCACUUCCCGCCCUAUCUCUGA